AAAGGAGUAAACUUCCUCUACUUUUGCUGGCAUAUUAAGAGGGCUUUCUGGAGAGAUUACGUUUCAGGUCGUGGGAGCGCCUCUCUUCCCUUUGGUGGAAAUACCCCUAAAAACUGCCUCUAACACAAUUGUCCGAGCCAGGAGUCGGCGAGAAGACCCGUAAUGCCCGGAAUGGUCAGUAAAAACCCAGACCUCGAGUUUGACUCUUUGCAGCCCUGUUUCUACCCGGACGAAGAUGAUUUUUAUUUGUGCGGGCCGGACUCUGCUCCCCCAGGGGAAGACAUCUGGAAGAAGUUUGAGCUGCUGCCCACCCCUCCGCUGUCCCCCAGCCGGGCCGGGCUGCAGGAGCACCCGACGGCGGGGGGCCCGAUGCCGUGGGGAGGGGCGGCCCUGGGGGGCUGCCGCCCCGCCGACCCCCUGGACUGGGCGUCCGAGCUGCUCCUGCUGCCGCCAGAGGCCGACCUGUGGGGCGGCUCGGACGGCGGGGACUUCUUCGAGACGGGCCUCGGCGUGAGCAACAACCUCAACUCCAUCAUCAUCCAGGACUGCAUGUGGAGCGGCUUCUCGGCCCGCGAGAAGCUGGAGCGGGCGGUGAGCGAGAAGCUGCAGGGCAAAGCGCCGCCCGCCGCCGCCCCGCCGCCGCCGCCGCCCCCCGCCGCCGCCGCCGCCGCCGCCGCCGCCGCGGGGGGCCGCGCCGAGCCGGGCCCCGCCGUGCCGCGCUGCGUGGACCCGGCCGUGGUGUUCCCCUUCCCCGCCGGCUCGCGGGAGGCGGCGGCCGGCGGCGCGGGCCCCCGCGCCGCCCGCCCCGCGCCGCCCGCCGCCGACGGCGGCCGCAGCAGCAGCAGCAGCAGCAGCAGCAGCAGCAGCAGCAGCUCCGGGGACGACACGCUCAGCGACUCGGAUGAUGAAGAUGAGGAGGAAGAGGAUGAAGAAGAAGAAAUUGAUGUUGUGACAGUGGAGAAAAGGCGCUCCUCCUCCAACAAGGCUGUUACCACCCUCACUAUUACAGUGCGCCCUAAAAAUACUACUUUUCCGUCGGUCAGGACGCAGCAGAAUGAACUGAUUUUAAAGCGUUGUGCACCAAUUCACCAGCAGCAUAAUUAUGCUGCUCCUUCUCCAUAUAUGGAGAGUGAAGAUGCUCCACCACCGAAAAAGUUAAAAACCGAGGUGCCCCGUCCAGUAAAACCCACGAUCCAACCAAAGUCUAAGAGUUCAAGUCCUCGAAAUUCUGAUUCAGAGGAUAGUGAACGUCGACGUAACCAUAAUAUCCUGGAGCGUCAACGGCGUAAUGAUCUACGGUCAAGUUUCCUCACAUUAAGGGACCAUGUUCCAGAACUGGUUAAAAAUGAGAAAGCUGCAAAAGUUGUGAUCUUAAAAAAAGCCACUGAGUAUGUCCAUUCCCUUCAGGCAGAGGAGCAGAAGUUAUUGCUAGAAAAGGAAAAAUUGCAAGCUAGACAACAACAAUUGCUAAAGAAAAUAGAAUACAAGCGGACUUGCUAAACUUUUUUUUUUUCUUUUGGCUGACCAGGACAGUCAUUGCCACUUUGCACAUUUUUGAUUCUUUAAAAAAAUUGUGUUUUUUGACGUUAAGAAUGUUGGUUUUACUUUCAAUCCAGUCCCUGAAGUAAUCGACAAACUAUAUUAUCCGGGUACGGAGCAAAUGGAUGUUCUUGCAAGAAUUUUAUUGCAAGACUACCAAACAAGAAUGGACUGCCUUUGUUUUUCUUCUUAAGAACUGUAGAUGGUGGGAUUUUUUUUUCUAAAUUGUUGUGAGCAUUUGGAGCUGCUGAUGACAUCUAGUUGAGUUUAAAAAUGUUCAUUCCUAAUUUUUAUGGUGCUUAUGUUCUAACAGAUGUUACUUUAGGGGUUGGCAUUUGUACCCCUGUGGGAAUUUUCUGUAAAUACCAUCUACACACUUGCCUUUUGUACAUGUCUUGGGUUAUGAGAGGUGGCUUUUGCUACCAGUAUUAGACUGGAAGUUCAUACCUAAGUACUGUAAUACCUCAAUGUUUGAGGAGCAUGUUUUUGUAUACAAAUAUAUUGUUAAUCUCUGUUAUGUACUGUACUAAUUCUUACAUUGCCUGUAUACUUUAGUAUGAUGCUGAUACAUAACUAAAUUUGAUACUUAUAUUUUCGUAUGAAAAUGA